AUUGGUCAACAUUGUCUCCUACAGACCACGUCCCAUCGCUGUUCGCUACAACUCUCCGAUCUCUAUUCCACGUUUUCCCGAUCCCCGAUUACUCUCGGAUCUCUGCUGCGAUGGCUGUGUCAAUGGCGGCAAAAAUUUCUCAGCUUGCUUGUUUCUCUUCGACGAGUAGCCAUUUUCACUUGCAGAGGAGGUCAUUUGCCUGCCCUAGGUUUCGUACCCAGUCUUUUGUGGUUAGGAGCAUCGAUGGGAAUAGCUCUGGAACUGCAGGUUCUGAGAACAAAACUUCUCUGAGUUAUGCAGCUGAGGUUUCAAAGCCUUUUGGUGAAAAAGCUGUGGAACCGUUUUCAAAUUUGGAUGAGAAUGGAACCGGUAAGAGGGAGACAACUGAGCCUGGGGAGCAGCAACAUGUAGUUACAGAACAUAAAAGAGGAGCAAAGAUUCAUGACUUCUGCUUUGGCAUUCCUUAUGGUGGUCUCAUUUUGUGUGGAGGGCUUCUUGGCUCGAUGUUUUCACGAAACCUCACUAGUUUAAGUACAGGUGUGCUCUAUGGCGGUGCCCUUCUAGCCCUUAGCACGCUAAGCUUAAAAAUCUGGCGCCAAGGAAAAUCUAGUGUUCCUUUCAUACUAGGACAAGCAGUGGUUUCAGCUGUCCUCUUCUGGAAGAACUUUGGGGCUUAUUCUAUGACUAAGAAGCUGAUGCCAUCAGGGUUCUUUGCUGCCAUCAGUGCUGCAAUGUUGUGCUUCUAUUCAUAUGUGGUGAUCUCCGGAGGAAAUCCGCCUCCAAAGAAGUUAAAGCCAUCUACUAAUGCUUCAUACUGAAGAAAUCCUCAUAGGAUGGAUAGAUAGAUUAUGAAUUGGACGCAGACACUGCUGUAUACAUACAAGUUCACUGCUUUUUAUGUUUUUCUUGAAGAUGGAUGAGAGAAUUCAGUUCGAAGAGGUUUUCAGAUCAAAUGUACCGUUUCCAGAUUAAACCCUGCAAUCUUUGGGAUCCGCCAUUUCUGAUUUA